AUGUCAGCAGACCCCACAGCUAAUGGCUCCUCCUCCCCCCUGCCCUUGGGGGAAAGCUCCGUGCGCAACACUGUCAAGGUCGUCACUGGGGUGAUCUUCAGCUUCAUCUUCCUGGCCGGAGUGACUGGGAACGGGAUGGUGCUGUGGGUCACGGGCUGGAAGCUCCGCUGGACAUCCAACACGGUCUGGUUCUUCAACCUUGCCUUGGCGGACUUAGCUUCCACCUCCUUGAUCUUUGUCACGGUGCUCAACCUGGCCCUGGACCUGCACUGGCCCUUCGGGUCGGUGGCCUGCAAGGUGGCCAACGGCCUCUUUGGGCUGAGCGUCUGCAGCGGGGUGCUGCUGCUCAGCUCCAUCAGCGUGGACCGCUGUGUGCUGGCGGUGGCCCCGGUCUGGUGCCAGAACUACCGCACCCCGCGCCUGAUGUGGGCUGCGUGUGGGCUGCUCUGGCUGCUGUCCUUGGCCUUCUUUGUCCCCAGCUCUUACUUCUUCACCGAGGUCUCUGUGGAGAACAACAACCGGAGUUCUUGUAACAACCUGGAUGUCUUCCAGGACUGGCAGGAAGCCGAGGUUCUCACUAUUUGCAUCUUUCUUUACCAGUUCCUCCUGCCCUUGCUGGUCAUCUCCAUAUCCUACACGAUCCUGAUGGUGACCAUGCACAAGAAGAAGCUCAACAAGUCCAGCAAGCCCUUCCUGGUAGUCUCCCGGGUGGUCCUCUUCUUCUUCCUCUGCUGGCUGCCUUACCACGCCCUGGCCCUGGCCCGGAUCUCCAUGGAUGCCGUGCCGGAUGCCGUGCGCCUGGUGGCCAUUCCCCUCUCCAAGUGCCUGGCCAUGUUCAACAGCUGCAUCAAUCCGUUGCUGUACGUCUUUGUGGGCCAGGAGUUCCAGGAUGCGGUGCGGAGGUCCUUGCUGCAGGUCUUCAGGACCGCCUUUGAGGAGGCACCGACUGCAGCCAACGUCUGA